AAUGGCACUCACUCUGUUGCCUCUGUUGGUGUGGAAUAUGUGGACACGUUCAGUGAAAACAAAACUCGCGUGUCAGCCAGCGUGUUUUCCCGACUCUGACCCGUUAAGCUACACACAAGACAAUGUGUCCGUACGCAUGCUCAGUUCGCGCGGCGAGGAGACGAUAUCCGGGAAGCUGGAAAUCACAAAAGAGAAGCACGGACAUGUUGUGACGUGGACGGCUUAUCCGCCAGCAUCGGCCACCAAGGAGCAGCAGCAGCGGUAUGACGAAAACUCCGCCGGCGUUUGGGAGGACCUGAGCGCUGACAGUGCCGUCUCAUACCACGUUGGUGGCAAGGACAAGAGCCAGUCACUCGACUCGGUGAAGAUCAAGAAGGAGAACGGCACCUCCUCUGCCAGUGGCGACUCUCCCACUUCUGGGCCGCACUGCAUUGUCACGUUCGAGGUAACCGACAUCACCUCAUACCGGUGCCGCCAAGUGGCCGACACGCAUGAGCUCACGCUGAACCUCAGUGACGGCACGCGCCUGCCCACCUUCAUUUUCAUCGAGCGCCGCUACGAGCACUUCAUUCGAGCCCUACACGAACACAUUUCCUUCAAAAGGUCGCGGAAGGACCCACUCCUCUACCUGGUCCAGAUGCCAGCAGUCGAGGCACUCCACAAGUCAUUUGACCAGCUGGACCUAUAUCCCGAGUCGUCUUCACGGUACGACGUGAUUCGAAAGUUUUUGGUGAAUCCAACCUGGGACGCGACGUGGGACGGCUUUGCCAAAGUGGCCAACUACGUCACCGGCACCGCCUCGGGUUUGCCAGGUGACGAGUACCGGCUUGGUUAUGGAUAUUUUGAGGAGCAGCAGCCCGACAGCCUGACUGGUCUUGAGAUCAGUGCCCACAGCGAGGAGCCCGGCUUCGAGGUGGUCAUCAGGACUCUGCCCAAGCGCACCGAGGUGAAACGUGGCACACCGCUCUGUCACGAGGAGUGGGCCAUGGCGCACGAUCCAGAGGGACGCAUUCUCAACGAGGCCAGCCUCAGGGAGCGCAUCUUUCGAGGGGGCAUCGCUGCUGACCUGAGGAGAGAGGUGUGGCCAUUCUUGCUGGAAUACUACUCCUUUGACUCGACCUACAAGGAACGAGAGGCCCUCCGGAAGAAGCUCAAGGACUACUACUACCGGAUGAAGCUUCAGUGGAAGUCGAUCAAUGAGGACCAGGAGUCGCGAUUUGCCGAUUACAGGGAAAGGAAGAACCUUGUUGAGAAAGAUGUGAGCCGCACCGACCGCACGCAUGUCUUCUACCAGGGUGAGAACAAUGCCAAGGUCGAGAUGCUCAACGACAUCCUCAUGACCUAUGUCAUGUACAACUUUGAUUUGGGCUAUGUCCAGGGCAUGAGUGAUCUGCUGUCGCCAAUCCUGAUGGUUAUGGACAACGAGGAAGAUGCCUUCUGGUGCUUCGUGGGCUUCAUCAAGCGAGUGAUGUCCAACUUUGACCUUGACCAGAGCGGCAUGAAGAAACAGUUGACGCAGCUCUUUGACAUUCUUGCCGUUGCUGUUCCUAAGCUGGCCAUGUACCUUGAGGAGCAUGAGUCUGGCAACCUGUACUUCUGUUUCCGCUGGCUCCUGGUUCUCUUCAAGCGCGAGUUCAAGUGCGAGGAGAUCAUGAGGCUGUGGGAGGUGCUAUGGACAGAUCUGCCUUGCAAGAACUUCCACCUGCUUCUCUGCGUGGCCAUCCUGGACCACGAGAAGGAUUUGCUCAUUGAGAACAACUAUGGGCUGAACGAGAUCUUUCAGCACAUCAAUGACAUGUGCUACCGGAUAGACCUCGAGCUGAUCCUUUCCACGGCCGAAGCGAUCGUAGAACAGCUCAAGGGUUCCACGAAGCUUCCCGAGUCGGUUCAGGAUGCGCUGGGAAUACACAUUGCCAACGGGGCUCCGUCAGUCGACGCUAGCGAUGCUGCCGCCAUUGGCAACCCUGACAUCAAUGCGCCGGCGUCUCCGGAGAGCCUGCAUGGUGGGCAGCGGACCUGCAGCACCAGUUCGGUGGAGGUGCUUUCGGACGGCGACGUGGAGGCGAGCUCGUAGCCAAGAACUUGCGUCAAAGACACCCAAAUAGCCUGGAGCGCAGCCAAGCGUGUGAAAGCGACGUACUUGUAUUUUUGUACAGCACAGGGAGUUUUCAUCUGUCGGAAAUAGAUUGUUGUGAUAACGCCCUCGAAGAAUGUAUGUUGUGAUCCAGGACAAGUACUGCGAGUACAUACUAUGAUUACUGUUCGACUUCUCUGGCAACCAAGUACUUUGUCUUCAGGCUUCAAUUAACUAUAUUUUGUCUAGUUCACGUCCAGCCAUUUCUACAGUUACGCUUGGACCUUGAGUAACGAAACUUUAGCGAACUGAGAAGUAAUUUUUAAUUUUAAGAUCUUUUUGCACAUUUAUGAAAAGAGAAAAAAAAAGAAGCCAUCUGCUCUGCUUUUUGUGAAUGAAAAUACUGGUACGUUGUCUAUUAAACAAACAUAUUUGUUAAUGUGUAUCUUUGCCCAAUCAAUAUCAACCCUUUGUUGAAAGCUGUUCAGUUUGUGACUUUACCACGGCUGUUUCUUGACUCUAAAUGUUUUUCUCACCGUUUGUUAUUGACGCGUUUAAACUUAGGCUAAUUGCGCUGGUAUGCCAACAUUUCUUUAUGCAGAUAAAGCUUCACAUUUCCACAUUCACCAGCUCAGCGUUAGCUUAUGAGAUUCUGCUUUCUGCAGGCAAUGCUUUUUGGCAGCACGGUUUCUAUUGCACAGUGGUGUGUGAAAAUGCUAGUGUACAGGUUCGUGUGUAUUUUUGAAUAGCGUGUUACCAGCUUUUUUUCUGGUUUAUAUAUAUAUAUAUAUACAUAUACACGUACAUGUAUGUACAGCCAUGAGCAAUUUGAAAUUGAAUGCCGAAAUUUCUUUCAAGAUGCCAGAGUGACUAAACACAGUUCCCAGGCGCAACAGCAUUUGUAGCACUAAGUGAUGAAGCGAAAAGGUGCUUCUUGCAAAUCAAUACAUUAGAUCUUUAUCUGCACGUCACAAGUGAUAGCUGCUUGAUUGCACACUUCGUGUUCCCUUUCAUAUUGUCCAUGAAUAUACAUGCAAACAGCAGAUUCUUUGCGCUAUCUGUGUAUUGCAUUCCUCUAUCUCUUUGCAGCAUUGUUGAGCUGUAUACAUUCUGUAUCAAUGAAGUUAUACUUUGUAUUCAUUUUGUACGUUAUUCCUCUCUGUAAGUUAUUUCAUAGAAAAAAUAUAUUUUGUGAGUGCUACUGUGGGCCUCUGUCUUAUAUGACUGUCUGUGCCACAUGAGAUGACUACAUUCGUUUUUUAGUGUGGUUAUGUGAACAUAUAUAUAUAUAUAUAUAUACACA